AUGGACCAAGAAGCGUGUCUAGGUCUCCUCGACGACGUGGAAAUGGAUUCAGAAGACGUCGGCGAUCCAUCAGCUCCAGCGAUGUCAGCUGCCGCCUAUUUUCGUCAGAUGAAAGCGGAACGACGCGUCACACCGAACGUCGUCAGGAUUCAGAAUCCGAGGGAUGAGAAGAGAAGUUUGUCGCCAGAAGCGAAAAAGAAAAAGAGUCAAUGGUUGGAGAGUGUCGGAUUUCAGAAGGAUGUGAAGACGGAGACCCCAACCACACUGAUCCCAUCGGAAGAGUGGCGCACAGCCAAAUGUCGGGAAUUUGGAGAAUUUCGACAAAAAAUGGUCGACAGAAUCGCGAAAACCACACCGCUUAUCAUUAAAGAUAUGAAAUCGCCAGACGAAGACAAAUGGCACGAGAUUCUGCUGGAAAAGUGUCUUCCCGAAUUCCAGAAUAUUGCCACAAACUUCCCAAAUCACACAGGAACCCCACCGGCGGUUCCAAUGGUUUUGGCGAUUCCGAAGAAGCAUCUGAGUCAACUAAUCGAGCAUCUCGUCGAGUGGUCAUCAGAAGAAGGAUUGUCUCGUCCGAUUCGUGAAUGGAUCUACGCAUUACUCCUGGUUAUUGAUCUACCGCUCGUUCAAGACGUCGUUUCCGCGUUGAGGACGUUGGUGAAGGAGUGCAAAAAACUCCGCGCACAGCUCCCUGUGGAUCGAAAAUCAGAAGCCUACGAGUACUCACUGUUCAUCACGAUUAUUGGAAACUUUUUCGGGCAGAAAGACCUCGCGGAUAAUUAG